AUGGAAACGGAUGGCGAAGGGCGGAGGGAAGUUGUUGGCAGAAAAACAACCACAGCUCCACCCAGUGGAAGAGCAAUGGGCCUCCAUAUACCUCUGAGGACUGGGGCGAAGCUCAGGGCUAAGCCCCCGGCGGUUUUAGUCAAUUUGGCUGCUGGCUCGUCAUACGCGGACAUCGUUCGUGCAGUAAGACAAAAUAGCGAGUUCAAUCUGGCGGAAAUUGGCGCGCAGGUAACCGGGAUGCGCAGGACUAGGAACGGGCAUCUGUUGGCCGAGCUAGCCAAAGGUGUUAGUUCGGUCGAAGCAGCUCAGAAGCCGUCUUCUGCCAUCGCUACCAGGUUGGGAGAAGCGGUCGGUGCGGUGUCGAACCUUGGUCAGUACGCCGUAGUUGAGAUUGUCGACCUCGAUGCGGUGGCGACUGAAGGCGAGCUCCUCGCUGCAUUGCGGGCGGCAAUACCUGGAGCCAAAGACGAUCAAGCCGCCAUUUACGGCCGACAAGCUGUGCAAAUCAUAGAUCUCUGGUCCACUAGGUCUGGCCAGCAAAUUGCAACGGUCAGAAUGACCAGAGCUUCUGCUUCUGCCGUAACCAGGAUCCCGGUUGGAUGGACUAUGUGCCGUGUACGUCCUAGACGGCCAGAACCAGAGAAGUGUUUCCACUGUCACGGGCACAGGAGUAGUAAUUGCUCUGGGCCGGAUAUGUCAAUUAAUUGCAGACGGUGUGGUGAACCGGGCCACGAGCAGAAGCAGUGCACGGUGGUUAAAGAUCGGUGUAUUGCUUGUGAGAGGGCUGGCUUCGUGCGCUUCACACACGAACCAGGUUCGGGUGCAUGCAAAGCCAGGAGCGAAACUCUCAAACCUUCGAAUAGUGGUACUAUUUCAGGCCACUUACAAUGA